AGCGUGGAGGGAGUUCUGUACACGUGGACCAACCAUCUCACAGGUUGGCAGCCUCGCUGGUUUGUUUUAGGUAAUGGAAUCCUGUCCUACUAUGAUUCACAAGACGAUGUUUGCAAAGGGAGCAAAGGAAGUAUAAUGAUGGCAGUUUGUGAAAUUAAAGUCCAUUCGGCAGACAGCACAAGAAUGGAAUUAAUCAUUCCAGGAGAGCAGCAUUUCUACAUGAAGGCAGUGAAUGCAGCUGAAAGACAAAGGUGGCUGGGUGCUCUGGGGAGCUCCAAAGCCUGUUUGUCUGAUACUAGGACUAAAAAAGAAAAAGAAAUAAGUGGAACCAGUGAAUCUCUGAAAACCGAAAUGUCUGAGCUUCGCCUCUACUGUGACCUCCUAAUGAAGCAAGUUCAUACGAUCCAAGAGUUUGUUCACCAUGAUGAGAAUCAUUCAUCUCCCAGCAUAGAGAACAUGAAUGAAGCCUCUUCCCUACUUAGGGGGACGUGUAAUACAUUCAUCACAACGCUUGAGGAAUGUGUGAAGAUAGCGAAUGCCAAGUUUAAACCCGGGAUGUUUCAGCUGUGCCAUCCGGAUCCCUUAGUUUCUCCUGUGUCACCUUCUCUUGUUCAAAUGAUGAAGCGUUCUGUCAGCCACCCUGGUUCUCGCAGUUCAGAGAGGAGUACCCACUCUAUAAAAGAAACAGUGUCUACACUUCACCGACUCUCCCAGCGGCCCCGAAGAACCUACUCAGAUACAGACUCUUGUAAUGAUGUUCCUCUCGAAGACCCAGAUAGACCUGUUCACUGUUCAAGAAAUACACUUAAUGGAGAUUUGGCAUCAGCAAUCAUUCCUGAAGAAAGCAGACGUAUGGCCAAAAAAAAAUCUGCAUCGGAAGAUCCUCUUCCAUCCUUCUCUUCCUGAGGAAACGGAAGUGUCCAACUUCCUCUAAGUAUUGCUCUGCAAAAGCUGCUGUAAUUAAACUAUGUUAUAGGGAGUAAUUUUUCCCUUAGGAUUUCUCUGCACUUUAUAGAAUAUUGUAAAACAAACAAACAAAAAACAACCCACAUACCUUUGAAGUGUAUUUUAUCUUUAUAUAGUU